CGACUGUCGAAAUAUAAAUAUGAUACAUGAUCACAGACACAGACACAUCAGUGGCAACACAAGAGGAAGGUUCCACACAUAGACACACAUCCAGACACACACGUGAACGCAGACACACGUGUACGUCUGUCUUUCUGGUGUGCAGAUGGCCAGCUGGUGAGUGAGUGUGUCCUCCUGUGGCGCCAGCCCUUCUCAUCGACACAGACACGGUGGUGCAGCACAUCAGAGGUACGUAAGCACACACUCACACACAGGGAAUGCCGACACGAUGUCUGUGUUAGGUGCGGCUCUCUCUCUCUCGCCUCUCUGCGUGUGAUUCCUUUUCGUCCCUCUCCCGUAUCGGCCCAAGAACCCAACCAUAAACUGUCUGCCUUCCAGUGAAUCACACGCGUGCACGCAAGCAGGUCAUGUAGGUAGAGGAGGGGUCUGUCUGUGGUCAUGUGUGAGUGUGUGUGACUGUGUGUGUGGUGUGAUGACGGACUUUGCGGCCUGCAGCACAUACAGUUUGAUGAUCGUCAUGGAACUGGGUGCGUGCCGGGCAAUUCGCUCUCUUACUUGGUUUUGUCUCGGUGAUGGAAAGAAGUGCUUGGUUCUCUCAAAAACCGUCUGUGCGAAGGAGGUGAUUGAUGGCGCAUAGGAAAGCUAAGCACACCCUGACAACCUGAUCGAUCGAUCGACUGACUCAGCCACAUGUUCAAUCAAUGGGAUGAGAUCAAUCCACGGCCGUCACCCGCGGCACACACACACAGGCAGACACACUCCACCACACAAUCACCUCGAGAGAGAGAGUUAUGGCCGGCACGUGAGUCAGCCAGGCAGCCAAACACACUCACACAUCGGCCGGGGCGUCACAUCAAAAUCGGCGGGCAGCCGACCGGACCGCACCAGGCGUACUCACACCCACACCCACAGGCAGCCAGCCAUUGGGUCACACAGCAGCAGCAGCAGCAGCUGGUCCACACAGUGGGCGGUGAGCGAUGUGCCCUGAAGAACAAACCGAUCGGCGACAGAGAUAAAUGACAACAGCCAGCACCCAACUUGAGAUGCCUUCCUGAUAACACACACACACACAGAGGGCAGGGCGGCACUCCGCCACAUGGUGACAGAGGGGAUGUAUCGCUGCGCACCCACCAGUGCGUGUUGGCUGAUGGAUCGGUCAGCCGCCGCUCUCCGCCUCAGCUGCGCCACCCUCACCUGCCGAAGGCACAACACACACACACACACACAGCCAUGACUGUAAUGGAGGUCGACGUGGGGGCCUCUUUCGUGUCUGCGGCUGUGUACCUCCAUCGCCUUCUCCACUGCCGUCAUCCACACCAUCAAUCUCAUCACCGCCACCAUCGCCAGAAUCUAUGCCACACACACAGAGAGACAGAGGGCAUGUCAUCCGUCCCUCCAUGCGUGUGUGUGUCCGUACCGUCAUUGCUGUUGUUCCUGCUGCUGUUGCUGCUGCUGCUGUUGCUGUUGCUGCUGCUGCUGUUGCUGCUGUUGCUGCUGCUGCUGUUGUUGUUGUCCGUCGAAUAUGAAUGGCGCCGCCGCCCCCAACGCCACGCGAGCCAGCUGAGUGGUCACCGGGAAGCGGUGUUUAAAGGCGGCACCCUCACACGCAGCCGCCUUAGUCGUCACGACACGCACAUUUACUGCAGACAAGGAAAAGAAAAACUUGAUGACAAUUGAUCAGCAAUCAAGACUCCCUUCCUCUCUGUCAUUCUCACCGGUGUUGUUUCCAAGUGUCCCACCGGUGUUGUUUUCAAGUGUCCGAAUCUCAACCCAUGCGACGAAGGGGUGGCUACUGUUGGUGAGCAUCAGCCAUCGCUUACGACCGUCCUGGCUGAAUGUGGUGCUGCAUCCGGCCACCGGUCUGUGGGGCGAUUCACUGAGCAGAUCGUCCACACGGCCGCCACCGAUACCCCUGAAGAGACAGUGACAAAUGGCUCAUGGUAAUGUGCCCGACCCGACCUCAUUAAUGUCGUUGGUGUGGUACCUGUUGAGUGUAGUGAAGGUACUGUUGCUCUGGCCGAGGUGAGUCAGGUGGAAGUGGUUGAGGAUCUUGUCCUUGGCAAAUGCCGAUAAUGACGCAUCGGUGAAUUUGCCAUGGAAUGACGUCCAUCGGCGGCCGCCGCGGAGGAUCCAGUAAUAGAAGUUCCGGCUGCGCACCGGUGGGUCGUGUGGCUGUCUUUGCUGUUGGUACAGAUGGUCGGCAGGGAGGGGCGGGUCGACCUCCAGCUCGAAGCCGGGCUCGUCGUUGAUGGCCCGCCACUGAUUGCCGUCCCGGAACAGCUGCAGGCAGCUGCCGUCACGGCAGUGGAGGUGGCGGCCGACAAUCUUGAGCUGCGCCAACACACGGGGAGCCGACACAUACGCCUACACACACACAGACACACACAGACAAACAGAGAGAAGAGGCCCUCUCUCUCUGUCCCCUCCCCGCCCGUCUGUUUGCCGGCUCACCGUUAUGUUUGCAUGUGUGUUGAUGUCAUCGGCUGUGAGGAUGACAGGCAGCUCACAGUUCCCGCACUGCCCCGCCAGCUCAAUCACCUCGGCCAUCUCGCCCCAGCACCCCUCCUCCACCACACACACAGCCGCCAGCAGAUCAUGUGUGCCGAACUGGUCGUCGUCGAACCGCAGCCACUGCACUUGCUGCCCAUUCACAUUCGCCCGCGGCAGCCCCGCCUGUGAGCCCACCAAGUGGCUGAGCCGAUCUCUCAGCUGGGCCGCGUCGAAGAGAUCUACGAGCCAGGUGGAGGUGGCCCUCAGCCGCACGACGUCCUUGACGCUGAGGAGGUAGCGGCUCCUCCGGCCCACACACACAUAUGACACGGGGUGCUGCUGCUGCUCGUGGUGCUGCAUGGGAUGGAUGGGCCAAGACGGUCAGAUGAGUGAGGCGGUGGUCGACGAGAGGCUGGACAGAUCGACAGAGCCGACAGACAGAGGAUUGUGUCCAUUAAGCACGCUGCUCACAGAUCUGUGUGCUGCUCACCUCAUUCGAUGCUCAGAUAGACAGAUCAGA